AUGGAUGCUAUUGCUGAUAAGGCAUUCACCACAGAAGCUGGGAAUAAGUUCCUAAGUGUAUGGCAAUCUAUUGAAGAUAAAUUAAGUAUUAAAUCAAUGUUAGAAUCCCUUGUGGUUGCUAUGAAUGCUCACCUUGCCCUGAAUAAUUCAAAUCAAAUUGCAAUUAUAGCAAGUCAUACAGAUGGUGCAAAAUUUUUAUAUCCAUAUAAUAAUCAAAAAGAAUCAACUUCAAGACCCAAAACAAGAUCUGAUGAAUUACAAGCUGAAGAUCAACAAGGUAUAGAAUCAAGAUCUAUAUCUCCUGAAGCAUCACAAACAGAUAAUAAUACUAAACAUUAUAUUAAUUCUUCAAUGUAUAGACAAUUUAAAGUUGUUGAUGAAAAAUUAUUGGAAAAUUUAUAUAAUUUAUAUAAUGAACCUAUACCCACAACACCACCAAAAAAUCAUUUAUCAAGUUCAUUAUCCCUUGGGUUAACAUAUAUUAAUAAGAUCCAAUCAAAUGACUCACUUAUGAAAGCUAAGAUCUUGAUUGUUAAUAUAUCACAAGAUGAACAUUUAAAAUAUAUCCCAAUAAUGAAUUGUAUAUUUGCUGCACAAAAGAUGAAAGUUUCUAUAGAUGUUUGUCAAUUAGGUUUAAAUGCAACUUUUCUACAACAAGCAAGUGAUGCAACAAAUGGAGUUUAUUUACAUAUAGAAAACAUGGAUGGAUUAAUUCAAUAUUUCACUACUGCAUUAUUCAUAGAUCCCUCCAUCAAGAACAUAUUAACAAAACCAAACAAAGGUGAUAUUGAUUUUAGAGCUUCAUGCUUUUUGACUGGUAAAAUUGUUGAUAUUGGAUUUGUAUGUAGUGUUUGUCUUUGUAUCUUAAGUUUAAUUCCAGAGGAUAAUAAAUGUCCUGCUUGUGAUAGUGAAUUUGAUAAUCAUGUUAUUAUGAAGUUGAAAAGAAAACCUGCAGUUAUUGGGAAAAAGAAGAAGAAGAGAAAAUUGGAUAAUGGGAAUUCAACAAAUGGUACACCAACACCAGCGCCAACUCAAGCAUCAACAUCAACACCAGCUUCAGCUCCAGCUCCAACAAAUGGGAAAUGA